AUGGCGAGUAGUCGCCUCCUCCUCUUUGCCAUGCAGCUCCUCGUGCUGGUCGCCGCAGUGGGCGGCACACGGUGGCAGGACUUCCUCCGCCUGCCGUCGGAGUCGGCGUCGGCGUCGGAGGACGACGAUGCCGCGGCGGUGGGGACAAGGUGGGCCGUCCUCAUCGCCGGCUCCAAUGGCUACUACAACUACCGCCAUCAGGCGGACGUGUGCCACGCGUACCAGAUCAUGAAGAAGGGCGGGCUCAAGGACGAGAACAUCAUCGUCUUCAUGUACGACGACAUCGCGGACAGCCCCGACAACCCGAGGCCGGGCGUCAUCAUCAACCACCCAGACGGCGGCGACGUGUACGCGGGCGUCCCCAAGGACUACACGGGCAAGGACGUGAACGUGAACAACUUCCUCGCCGUCCUGCUCGGCAACAAGUCCGCCGUCACCGGCGGCGGCAGCGGCAAGGUGGUCGCCAGCGGGCCGGGCGACCACGUCUUCGUCUACUACAGCGACCACGGCGGGCCCGGGGUGCUCGGCAUGCCGUCCGACGACUACCUGUACGCCAAGGACCUGGUGGACGCUCUCAAGAAGAAGCACGCCGCGGGGGGCUACCGGAGCCUGGUGUUCUACCUGGAGGCGUGCGAGUCCGGGAGCAUCUUCCAGGGCCUCCUGCCGUCAGACAUCUCCGUGUACGCCACCACGGCGGCGAACGCGGAGGAGAGCAGCUGGGGCACCUACUGCCCCGGCGACGACCCGGGCCCGCCGCCCGAGUUCGACACCUGCCUCGGCGACCUCUACAGCGUCGCGUGGAUGGAGGACAGCGACGCGCACGACCGCCGCGCCGAGUCGCUGAGGCAGCAAUACGAGACCGUGAAGGACCGGACGUCGGCGCACGGCACCUACAGCCUCGGCUCCCACGUCAUGGAGUACGGCGACGUGCAGGGCCUCGCCGCGCAGAGCCUCUACACGUUCAUGGGCACCGACCCCGCCAACGACGACAACGCCACCGUCAUCAGCUUAUUCGGCCGUGGACAGCAGCAGCGCCGCCGUGGACCAGCCGUGAACCAGCGCGACGCCGACCUGGUCUACUUCUGGCAGAGGUACCGCAGGGCGGCGGAGGGCACGCCCGAGAAGGCGGAGGCCCGGAGGCGGCUGCUGCAGGUGAUGUCCCGCCGGUCCCGCGUGGACAGCAGCAUGGAGCUCAUCGGCGGCCUCCUGUUCGGGUCGGAGGAAGGGCCCAGGGUGCUCGGCGCAGUGCGGCCGGCGGGGCAGCCCCUGGCCGACGACUGGGACUGCCUCAAGUACAUGGUGCGCGCGUACGAGCGCCACUGCGGGCCGCUCGCGCAGUACGGGAUGAAGCACAUGCGCGCCUUCGCCAACAUCUGCAACGCCGGCGUCGGGGAGGACGCCAUGGCCAAGGUGGCAUCCCAGGCCUGCGCCGCCGUCGCCCGUUCCGACUGA